AGAUUUCUUGUCAAUUACAAAAAUACCAACACAGUUGCGUUUUUGUGUGUGAACACAGCAUGGUGUUGGUUCAAAACGAGCUAAUGAAUGAUUCAGUUGUUUAUUCUCAGUCAGACGACGUCCGGAUACAAAAAUUAACUGCAUGCAUAUGACCCCCAAUCUACUGCACACGACACGUCUGUUACACAACGACCGCAGUAAUGGAUUAUAAUAGGCAAACACAUUUCAUGAGGGAAUGGAUGACGACGCACCAGAUGAGGCCUAUGCUGACCUCAAAACCAGGCACCUCGGAGUAUGGGAUGUUGCUCAGAUAGCUGCUGGCACCGGGCUUGCUGUAUAUGCUAUGUGGGUAGGAAUCCUCCAGCCUGGCUUCCGAAAAGUCCCCUUGAGGCUACAGGUCCCGUACAUCCCUGCCAGCAAAGCUCAAGUAGAAAAUGUAAUGACACUCCUGAGAGGUCGAAAGGGAGGCCUUGUGGAUUUGGGUUCUGGUGAUGGGCGGAUUGUCUUGGAAGCCCACCAGAAGGGUUUCACUCCUGCUGUCGGCUAUGAGCUCAACCCCUGGCUUGUGCGCCUGGCUCGCUUUCAUGCGUGGAGAGCAGACUAUCAUGAAAAAGUGUCAUAUCGACAGGAAGAUCUCUGGAAGGUUGACUUGACAGAAUGCAAGAACGUCACAGUGUUUUUGGCUCCUAGCGUGCUUUCCUUAUUGCAGCAGAAGUUGCAGGCUGAACUUUCUGAUGAUGCCUUAGUGGUAGCUGGUCGGUUCCCCUUCCCUAAAUGGACACCCUGCAGGAUUGAAGGACAUGGUGUGGACAGAGCCUGGGCAUACACCAUGCAAGCACAAAGACAGCACACCUCCAAGAAAAGUGCCAAGCUCCCAGUCACAGAUAGUGACAAUGAACCAACCAAGGAGAAAGUGUCCAAUUGAAGCUACAUUGAUGUCCCUAGUCUUUCCCUCUAGAUUGGUAACGUUGAAUUAAACUGUAGGUCAUUAAGCUUUUAAAAUGUAAUCAUCCUGAACUUAAAUAUUGUGAAUGUUUAACCUAACUUAACUGUUUCUGACAAACUAUUGUUACUUUCCACUGCACUGCGGCACAGAAAUGACAGAGUACAGUGAUCAGCAAACAUGUUGAUAUAUAUUAGUAGCAUAUAUAUAGUAUAUUUGCACUGUUACACUCUCUUCUACCGUUCUGAUGGAUGGAGUCUUUAAUUUGUUAUCAGCAAUGUUUGACUCUGUGUCUGUUCUCUGUUUGAAAUUCCUGAGCAAAGGUUUCUGUUAGCAUUCAAGGAAAACCACACCUUUUCCUCUAGAAUAGUCUUGGGGAAUUACUGGG